AUGACAAAGCGUAUUCCUACUGCUCCCCGCCAACCCAACCUACGCAUGAAUGCUGUUCUUAAUAGCACAAUUGCAGGUGUUGUUGCUCCAAUUGAUAUACCAACCCCAGAAGUAGCAGUUGACACAGCCCCUGAAGUUCAAGUCGCUGGGACCCCAAUGGAUCACGUCCUUACCUUGUUGGCAGCCAACAAUGUGUUGAUGCAAUCCUUGCAACAAAAUGCAAAAGGAGUGACUGAUGCAAUAACUCAUUUGAAGAAUGGCCUGGAUUUGUCCAACAAGACAAAUGAAUUUUUGAAGAACUCGGUCCUUCAGCUCAUGACUGAAAAUGCUGAAAUAAAAAAGGCAAUGACCAGCCAAAAUUCCGUGAUGCCUUCUGCUGUACCAGCAGAUUCUUCUUCUUCCAUGAAUGAUAAUCUUGACCUUGGAGCAAAACAUCAUCCCUUGAUUUCUCAACUUAUCAAUAGUUACAUCAAGAAACUGAACUUUGUUAGCACAGACCCACUCAAAGUUGCUGAGAAUAAUAAUAGAUCAGCAUGGUCAAUGACUGGCACGUAUGGCAACAAGUACAACAAGACACUUGCACUGGCUCUCUUCAAGUACCUGAGACCUCAAAGAUGUUGCACAAAUGUGUCAAAGAGUGUCAUUAUGAAUAUAAUAAAGAAUCACUAA